UGAUCACAAGGUGGCAUCGAGUAAGUGUGGGAGGAAGUAUUUUAGCAUGGUUCGUAUUCAUCUUUAUAUAUUCUGGAAUUAUGACCCCACACGAUAGACAAGAAAACGUGUACUUUGUAAUCUAUAUACUAAUGAGUACUGUGUAUUUCUAUCUCUCGGUUCUUCUUGUUCCCAUUGUGGCACUUCUCGGUGACUUCACCUACCAAGGGAUUCGAAGAUGGUUCUUCCCUUAUGACUACGAGAUUAUUCAGGAAAUCCAUAGAGAUGACCCAGAAGAUAACAGUAGGCCACAGUUGCUGGAGGUCGCUAGCCAGCCAUCACCAGCUGAGGAAAAGAGAUACGCGGUUGCUAUGCUUCCAAAAGAAAGGUCGAGACACACUGGGUUUGCUUUUGACUCACCAGGUUACGAAUCAUUUUUCGCUUCCCAGUUUGGAGUUUAUGCCCCGCAGAAAGCAUGGGAUGUUGCCAGAAGAGCUAGUAUGAUGAAGUCAAAACCAAGGGCACAUAAAAAGAAGUGAAACUUGAUGCAAAUGUUGUGUUUGCAUCUGAUACCUAUUUUGUAAAAUUAGUUGUACCAUAUCCUAGUU